AUGUCGCACAACAUGCCCUCGUCCCAGCAAAUUCCCCCACAGCUCCCUCAGCAUCAUCCACUGCCUCAGCAGCAGCCGCGACCAAUCUCCCACCCUCCACAGCAGUCGCAUCAGCCAAAUCCGCCCAUGCAGCCUGUUUCGCGUCCCUACUCGCCCUACCAGAACAAUGCAUCGCCUACUGGCAUCGCCCUACCUCCUGCCAAAAGACCACGCCUUUCACCCAACCCUCAGUCACCUCAUUCCGCACAGAGUCCAUACCCCCCGCCCCCUGCUCUGCCCGAAAGUCCGUAUGCCAGCUACUCGCCCAUGACUGCCGGAAGCCCUCCUGCUUUCAACACCCCUCAACCUUAUGCUCCCUCGCCUAUGCCCGGCGCCAUGGGCCCUCCUCCGCGUCCUACACAGGAAAAGGCCGAGAAAGAGGACAAGGAAAAGAUCACUGAUAUUAGCGACGUCACUGAUGUCUUCCAUGGUUCGGGUAUUGAUCUAAGAGAAGAGGAAAACUACAUGACGAGCACCUACAGAAAUGUGCACAAGAACCAGUCCUUCAACACCUCCUUCGGUUCCAACACGACGGUUGCUUCUCCAAACAAUAGCUUUGGUCUGGUUUCGCAGGGCAGCUUCGGAAGCCAGCCUGCCUUCGGAGGAAGCGGCCCCAUCUCCCGACCACCUGUAUCGCAAGAAUCUGUCAAGGAUGAGCUCGAUCAGAAGCACCGUGCCGCUGCACAUGCGCAUAACGAGAAACGUCAGCAACACUUGAAUGAUUCGUUUUUGCAAGCUAACAACAUCCGUCAUCGUAUGCACCGUAUUGCUUAUGAUCAAGGCGUUGCCCUUAAUGUCGAGGGGCUGUAUGACAAACUUCCCGAGCGGCCACAAGGUAUUCAAGGUGUCUCGGCGACCGGUCCUAACGGCACAGCUGCAGCCGUGAAAGCACAUGGCUUGCUUCAAGAGACGGCACCUCUGGCAGAAAUUCUCACCCUUGUAUCGCUUGCUGCGAACGAGAGAGUUCGUUCCUUGGUCGACGAAUCAUAUGCCAUUGCACGUGGUAGACGUUAUGGUAGCCAUGGAGUCGUUCCGCCAAGCUUGGCAGAUCUUGCAAUCGGUGAGGGUGAAUCAGCAGCUGUGGCUGAGGUACCACGUAUCACGAACUCGGCAUGGGAGAAGGUGCAGCAAGACAAUCUCGGUGACGCUGAAGGUGGUGUCAUCAAGGCACAAACACCCGAAAGCAAACCAUUACCGACGAAGGCUUUCCCCUCGGCCAUAUCUACACAUCUACUUGAGCUGGCGAAGAAAGACCGUGAUGCUGAGCGCGAACGUGUACGUAAGCGACAGGAACGUGCCAAGCGUGCAAACUCGACUGCAAAUGCCGAUGGUGUAAAUGGCAACGAUGCAACAUCUGGACCCGCAACACCUUCUGCAGCGAAUGCCAUGUCCUCCACGGACGCUUCUGGUGCUGCUCCAGAGAAGCCCAUGACCAAGAAGGAACGCGAACGACAGGCCAAGAUGGGCCAGACCGAGGAAGUCUUGCAUAAGAACUCCAACACGACCGCUGCUCUGCAAUUAGGCAUAGGCAAGAGGAAAAAAUACAGUUGGUUGACUGGUGGUGCUCCAGCGGCGCCUGUGAAUCCUUACAAGCAGACGCCCAAACCAACUUCUGCUAAUGCAGCAACAAAUGGCACUAGUGGUAGCAAGAACUCUUCGGCUGGCGGAAAUGGCACCGACAAGGCGCUACAGGUGCGUGAAAGGAAAUGGGGAAGUUGGAGAGAAGAUGGCGUAGAUGGCAGGGGCAUCCAGACAAGAGAUUGGGUUGUUGUACUCGAGAGAGACGGCAAGGAGAAGAAGGCGCUCCAGAAGAGUCUGCUGAAACUCGAAAGCUCGGAAGAGUGA